AUGCUUCAAAAAAGUUUACCAGCAGGAAUUUGGGUGAAAACUUUUGAAAAUCGUUUGGAUUUGUUUUCUGUAAUGAUUAGAGGACCAGAAAAAACUCCAAAUGCUGGUGGUUUGUUUCUAUUUGAUGUCAAAAUUCCACCCACAUAUCCAAUCCAACCUCCACUCUGUCAUUAUUAUAGUUAUUGUGACGACCAAGAAGGCUAG